CAACAUCAAUAUCACUUUAAACAUAUUACUUAUUUACUGUUUUUUAUUGUUUUUAAAAACAAAACAGAGAGGGGGGACGAGCACAUUUUUGUAUCAUAGAAGAACUUCUAUAGCAGGUUUAGCUUUCUGUUGUUGGGAAAUGACACGCUCAUUGCGACAGAUGCUCCGAAACAACCUGGGAAAGCAAAGCAAAAAACGUCUGGUAACCAAAGAUGGACACUGCAACAUUGAAUAUGGCAACUUGAAGUACAGCAAUCGCUUUGCAUAUGUGCGGGAUUUCUGGAGCACCUUUGUGGAGAUACGUUGGCGUUUCAUUCUCUUUUAUUUUGUGGCCUCAUUCACUUUGAGCUGGUUCAUUUUUGGACUUAUUUGGUACUGGAUUGCACGUAAUAAUGGUGAUAUUUGGUGGCAAAAUCCACCUUCAGACCACAAACCAUGUAUAUAUAAUGUUUUUGGACUUACAACUGCCUUCCUUUACUCACUUGAAACACAGAUGACAAUUGGUUAUGGUCUGAGAGUGCUCAGUCCGUUCUGUCCUGGUGCUGUCACUCUAAUAGUUAUCCAGUCCAUCACUGGUAUAUUUAUCAACAUCUUCUGGUGUGGGCUGGUUUUGGCCAAAAUCACCUUACCCAAGAAAAGAGCCAAGACUAUUACCUUUAGCAAAAUGGCAGUUAUUUGUCCCCAAAAUGGUGCUCUCUGUUUGCAGAUAAGAGUGGCCAACUUGCGUAAGACCUUAAUGAUUGGAAGCCAGAUAUAUGGCAAGCUGGUUAGGACAACAGCCACUCCAGAAGGCGAGACCAUCAUUUUGGAACAGGUCAAUAUUGACUUUAAUGUUGAUGCUGGAAAAGACAACCUCUUCUUCAUUUGUCCUUUAACUUUGUAUCAUGUAAUUGAUAAAACAAGUCCAUUUUUCAAUUUUGCUUUGGACACAAUUCUUCAGCAGGAGUUUGAGCUAGUUGUAUUUUUGGAUGGGACAGAUGAAUCCACCAGCUCCUCCUGCCAGGUCAGAACUUCCUACAUACCACAGGAAAUUAAGUGGGGUUACAAGUUCCUCCCCAUCAUUUCCCACAGUCAAGAAGGGAAAUAUUUUGUGGACUUCUCAAAUUUUGACAGAGUGGAGCCAACUCCAACUGCACACUGUGCUCACUGCUUCUACAAUGGCCAAAGCUAUCAUCAAAACUCCAGAAAUGGCAUCGACAACCCAGGGUUUGAAAUGAUUGAAAUAGAAAAUUAAAUCCGUGGUACAGAGAUGUAAGAUCGCCCUUUGUAUUCACCAAAGGAGUAUUUGUCCUUUUACUGGAUCAUUAGUUAUACUGAUUAUGCUCUACAGAAAAAAUUACAUCAAUCUACUUAAUUGUAUCAAUUAUAGUAAUUUUAAAUAUGGGAUUACAAAUGUUCUGUGUUUGUGUACUUUCUCUGGGGUCAGUUUUAUCCCAGGUAUAUGAGGGUGUAUCCCCAGGGGUAUAGUUUUGUUUCAGGGAUAGGCUCAAGAUCCACUGUGAUUUCAUAAAUCAUAUCUUUGUGCUGUUUGCUGGUUUGAUUGUUGAUACUAUGCCUCGUUGUCUGUACUUAAAGUUAUUUAUAUGCUUAGGGCAUUAUUAAAAAAUUGUUAAAGGUAAAGUCUUAAAAGUGGGGACCAUGUCAAGUGUACUACAGAAAUUUAUAAAGCAAUAUUUUUAAAAAUCU